ACCCGAUCCGAUGACCUAUUUUAACAGCUCUACUUCAAAGGAGGAUUCCCCUUAACAUUCCCUCACUUUUUUUAAAGUGUCCAACCCACUAACACUGACCGAAUACUCAUACGAAAUUCCAGCCCGAUAGAACACUUAUCUUACCUUUUAACACACACACACGGAAAAAAAAAAAAAAAAAACCAUUACAUCCAAGUGUAGAAAAACACAAGGAUUGAGCGUUAGCUUGUCAAGCAUGCACAGAAAGCAAAUGACCCCUUACAUGCUCACCAUUAACGUGUCAUUUGCAUCACACUCCACACUAAUCAUUAUAAGUACCCUUAAUAAUCCCUCAAUUUUCCUUUCAUUUUUCUCUAAUUCUUAAGCUUUUUCCAUGGCUUCAACCACCACUAAUGCUCUGCUUUUCUUAGCAUGUCUAUGCCUUGUUGCUCUCUUUCCUCCCACCUUAGCUCAGACACCAUUGCAACAACCGCAGCAGCCACUACGAGUAAGGGGACAGCAAUUGCAACAUGAGUGCGAUAUCCAGCAGCUGACCGCGGCCGAGCCCACUCGCCGGGUUAGGGCGGAGGCUGGGGUGAUUGAGGUUUGGGAAUCGAAUACUGAGGAGUUCCGAUGCACCGGGGUGGCGGCUGUUCGAUAUGUCAUUGAGCCUAAAGGGCUUCUCUUGCCUUCCUACACCAAUGCUCCAUAUGUGACUUAUGUAAUGCAAGGGAAGGGAAUACAAGGAGUGAUACUCCCAGGGUGCCCUGAGACGUUCGAGUCACCGGUACGAGGUGGUUCAGAAGGGUCUAAGGGAGUAGAAAGAGACCAAUACCAGAGAGUUCUCCGAGUGCACGAAGGUGAUGUGAUCGGAUCACUCGCCGGUGGAGUUCAGUGGACUUACAAUGAUGGGGAUACUCCCAUUGUUAGUAUAACCUUGCUCGACCUUAGCAAUCCUCAAAAUCAGCUUGAUCUCAAUUUCAGGAGUUUCUACCUAGCUGGAAAUCCCCAAGGCCAAGGAGGUCAAGAACAAGGCCCUAAAGAAGUUGUAGGAAAGAACAUCUUCAAUGGCUUCGACGAUGAGUUGCUAGCUGAUGCUUUCAAUGUAGACACCGAGACAAUAAGGAGCAUUAAGGGCGAGAACGACGAGAGGGGCAGCAUCAUUCGAGUUGAACGUGAUCUCGAGCUAUUAAGCCCUGAAUGGGAUGAUAUGGAAGAGGAACGAAUGAGGAGACUCAAUGGCCUUGAACAAGUCUUAUGCACCAUAAGCUUCAAACAAAACAUUGAUCAACCGUCGCGUGCUGACGUUUAUACCGAGCACGGUGGUCGGAUCAACACCCUUAAUAGCCACAAGCUCCCCCUCUUGCAACAUCUACAACUCAGUGUUGAGAGGGGUGUGCUCUACAAGAAUGCAAUGAUGACACCCCACUGGAACAUAAACGCCCACAGCAUAAUCUACAUAACACGGGGAACGGGUCGGAUCCAAGUAGCCCGAGAAAACGGGUUAGUAUUCGAUGGUAGAGUCCAAGAAGGGCAGCUCUUGGUAGUCCCACAGAACUUUGUAGUGCUGAAGAAGGCGGAACAAGAAGGGCUAGAAUGGGUGUCGUUUAAGACGAAUGACAACGCGAUGAUUAGUCCUUUAGCCGGGAAGCUCUCGGCCAUCCGAGGCAUGCCGGAGGAGGUGCUGAUGAACUCUUAUGGCUUGUCUAGGGAUGAAGUGAGGAGGCUUAAGUAUGGAAGGGAACAGUUAAGUUUGUUUAGUCCUAGGUUAGAUUAAAUCAUUCUAACUAAACUAGGUGAUCGAGUUGAAUAAAAGAAAGAAACUUAACUAGACCUCUGUUUUUAGCUCUGUUUUGGCUUGUCAAAUGAGAUUAAUAAAAAAUUAGUUAGCUCUUUUUUAUCGUA